AUGCGAUAUAGAUCAAAAUUUAAAUUAUCAAAAGAUAUAGUUAUGCGUGAUCAAGCAACAAAAUUUGUCAAAAUUGUUCGUGAAAUUAAUGGACAGGAAAAAAAAUGUGAAGUUGCAAUAGCAAAAGGAUAUUGUCCUAAAAAAAGUUGUAUUGAAUGCAAUGAGAAGGAUGAUAUUGAUGAAGAAGUAGCAAAAACAAUUUUAAUUUAUAUACCAAAAGGUGUAUCACUUGAUGAAUCAACAGAAAGAAAAUUAAAUUUAUUAGCAAUGUCUGAAGAUAUGAGGAAUUAUAAUUGUUUUACAAAUGUAAAUACAUGUAAAGAAAAAUGUUUAGAUGAGACAACGAAUAAUUCUUUGACCUCAAUUCAAUCUACUAUUCUACCAUCUAAAACAAAAUCACAAAAUUCUAUUUUACCUUCUUCAAAGAAAUCAGAUUCUAUUAAAAUAUAA